GGAGGAGGACGGACACAGCUUUGCUUCUUUGUUGUUUGUUUGAGUGUUUGAGUCAACAGGGAACGAUGGCGACAAGGAGUGUGGCUGGGCACAUCCGUGGAUGGCUGAGCAGGGUAGGGCAGCACUGGGGAAACAUCUCGGGAUCUAAUGCACUCCACCAGCAGCGCAGCAACUUGAAACACGCACGAAGAAACCUCGAACAAGCAAGAGAAAACUACGCAAAGGCGCGAAAGAACUUGCACAAGGCACAGGUUGAGAAGCAGCGGGAGGUGGACACAAACACCAACUUCAAGGACAGCCCGAUUCGAGGGCAGUAUGAACAGGCAAAGCAACAGCACACACAAGCAAGCCGAGAGCAAGAGAUGCGGCUGAACGAGUACAAGGCUGCCCUGUCAGCGGUGGAGCAAGCAGAGGCCACCUUUGCCAAGCUCAACAGCAUGCAGAAGUCCUUCAUCACCGUCACCACUUUUGCCACCACCCUCGUCACGCCCAUCUUCGUCUUGUGGCGAACAGGGAGCCAUACGGAGCAGGCUGUGCACGAAACACUGAGACCGUUUAAGGACAAGGUGCAAACCGUCGCAUCAACGCCAACCUCGAACCAACAACCCCACGCCCAAGCACAAGACCAACCGCCAAUGAGAUUACAACAGCAGCAGCAGCAGCAGCAGCAGCGAGAGCAUGAGCAGACACAGCAGGAGGGAGAGUCAAGUGCCACAUCAUCGGCCACGGCCUCACCGCCACUCGAGGACAUUCGCGCGCAGUUGCAGACGGUGCGAAGGCGCGUGGCGCAACUGCACGACGAAGCAGCACACCAGCGCAGUGCCCUUGACACGGAGCACACCACGGCGUGGGUGGCCGUCGGCGGCAUGGCAGCUGCAGUGGUCCUCACCAUCUUCAUCCGCGCCACAAGCUGAUGCCCACUUGUGCGUGUGUGUUUGUUUGUUUGUUUGUUUGUU